GUGCCACAAUGUGGGUUAAAAACCAGCAUGCGACUCGUUUUCUAUACCGCGCUCUUUGCGCUUUUAGCACUUCACCAAGUGGUACCAAGUUCCGCGGUUGAAGAGCAAUCACAGGAUCAAUCGCUGUCAUCUUUAAAAUCAGAAAAUCCACAAGCCCAAUCCCAAGUUCAAGAACAGGGAUCAGGUCAAUCGCAAGCUCAAUCGCAAUCACAAUUACAACCACGGACAUGUGGUAGUUGUCAAACAGAUCGACUGGUAUUUCUAUCGCAAGAUGACAUCGUAUCUGACUCCAAGCUGGAUACGCCAGGAUUGAUUCAAAAGUACGGAUAUCCCGUAGAGACGCACUUCGCCAUCACAGAUGAUGGCUACAAACUGGGCAUACAUAGAAUUCCUAGGCCUGGAGCCACAGCAGUUUUAUUGGUCCAUGGCUUAAUGUGCAGCUCGGCUUCAUGGGUGCAGUUUGGACCUUCAAGUGGUCUGGCCUACAUUCUGUAUCGAAAGGGAUUUGACGUCUGGAUGCUCAAUACCAGGGGUAAUAUUUACUCGGCGUUCCGCGACCAUGUCCAAAAGAGCGAAAAGGAGUUCUGGGACUUUUCCUUCCACGAGGUCGGCAAGUUCGAUAUACCCGCUGCCAUCGAUUUGGUCGUGCUAAAGACCGGCCAGCCGAGUAUCCAGGUUAUUGGACACUCACAAGGAUCCACCGCCUUCUUUGCGAUGAGCAGUGAGAAACCAGAAUAUGCCCUCAAGGUGAAGUUGAUGCAAUGCCUGUCUCCAACGGUCUUACUGCGUAGGGCCAUCAGUCCUGUUCUGAAGUUCAUAAAAUUUUUCAACGGCGGCUUGGGGACGAUGAUAAGUAUGUUGGGCGGGUACAAGGUCGCAUUAGCCAACAAGCUCAUUCCAAUGUUCAAAAGUGUCAUCUGCUCCCACUCCAGAAUAACGAAUCGCAUUUGCGCCAUCUUUGAAUUUAUGACCUGUGGCUUCAACUGGAGGGGCUUCAAUGAGACACUCAGCCCGAUUCUGGAAGGCCAUGCCUCGCAAGGAGGCUCCGCCAAGCAGAUCCUGCAUUUGGCCCAGUUGGUCGGUCGAAAAUCCUUCACUCGUUAUGAUUUCGGAGGUAUCCUAAAUCGCAUGAGGUACAAAACGCUGAUCCCCCCAGCAUACAACCUCUCGCAAGCAAUCAGUAAAGUGGCCCUCCAUUAUGGAGCUAGUGAUUGGCUAUCAUCCGAUGAGGAUGUAAAGAAUCUUGAGGCGAGCCUCCCAAACGUCAUCGAAAGCAGGAAAGUUGCCGCCGAGAGAUUCUCCCACUUCGACUUCACAAUCUCGAAGGACGCUCAGACCUUGGUCUAUGAUCGGGUUGUUGAAAUCUGUGCGUCGAACCGCUAGAUGUUGGAGAAGACAUUAUUAUUGUUAGCUGUAAAACCGCUUUUAAGUUUGGGCACCCAAUGUAUUUCAUAACUCAGAAUUUAAUAAAAACAAUAAAACAAACCA